AAACGAAUAAAAACGAUUUUGCUGUUUGUUCCAUUUGGUGAUGACAAUAGCUCAACUGCUUCUCCAUCUCUCGAUCAUCGUCUCAAGUUGUGCCGACAUCAUUUCAAUUCCAAUAAAUCCACAAAAUCAAACCAGAUCCACGAGACUGAAUUACUGCAUGAUCCCGUACUGUCUGCCAGUCCUUUGAAACGAGAACGAUAUCAUUGUCAGUACUGCGGUAAACUGUUUCCCCGUUCGGCCAAUCUGACACGUCAUAUACGCACUCACACGGGUGAGCAGCCGUACAAAUGUAUGCAUUGCCCUCGUUCAUUUAGUAUCAGUUCGAACUUGCAACGACAUAUCCGUAAUAUUCAUCAGAAAGAAAGACCAUUUCAUUGUUCCGUUUGUUUGAAACGAUUCGGACAACGCGCCAACUUAGAGCGUCACAUUCGAAAUCAUUUGAUCAGCAUGAAUGUGUGUGGAAGUACGGCUGCAUGUCCCAGUUGA